AUGUUUACAAAGUCCAAUGACCGGGGAAAACCCGAUGUCGAGACGAAUCUAGACCAUGCGCACGCUCACGUUCCCACGGGAUCGACUCUGCUCCCGCGACCAGUCGCGUCGUUGAUAUCUUUGAUUACCCAGUCGACCUCGUUAUCGUUGCGACUGGGCACAUUCUUUGGCGGGGCGGCCCUGGAUGGUGCGCGAGCCACGACUCUGACCAGCUUGGAACUAAGCCGGGCUUUAGUCGAGGGCAUCUUGACCAGGGCAGGAAGAGAUGUCGCCAUUCGUAGUGGCGAUGAUCGCGGUAGGACAGAAGCCGAGUCUCUUCUGGAGCGAAGUUUGGCGACACUCCACACGACGGUGACCUCGGCAUCUUUUUUCGCCGCAGCGACAUUCCAUUUCUCGUCGACCACUUUGUCUUCGGUUGCGAAUCUCUCCCAGGCACUUCUAUCUACUUUGGAUGCCAUUCUUGGAUCCACCGAGUCUUCGAGGGCCAUUGCGGCUAUUAUCACGCUGAUUCGACGUGAGUUUAGAUCUCUUGAGCCCGGCGCAAGUACCGAGAACAUCGGCGUCGGAGACCUUCUCAUCGGCUCCCUAGGCUUCGCGCUAUUGCAGCGUUGGGGUAAGAAGAAUACCGAGAGACAUCUGCGGCAGAACGGCGGGGAUGAGAUUGUUUGGGAUGUUGUCAUCCUGGAUGACGGCGCAAGAGCAGACGUGAUCGGAUCCCAUGAACUGCAAUUUCCCGAGCGCAAUAAUGAAGAGUUGGUUGAGCCUGGCAGUGCUUCGUUUGUGAUGCCUGGAAAUGGCGACGAAGCUUUUGAUGUAGUCCGACGGUCGAGUGUAUCUGAUUCGUUUCGGCAUCGUCUCUCUAUCCCCUUGGACGGUCAAGAGCAAGUGUCCGAUGAAGAUAUCCGCGCUUAUAUUAUGAGCCAGCUUCCUCAAGGCUGUCACGCAUCUAUCAGAUCGGAAGCCCUGACGGCGCGAACGAUCACCGUCGAUAUCUACGAUGAUGAUAUGGCAGAGAUCGCCGCACCGCCUGGAACGAAACUGAUAGAGGAGAGAUUCCACCAUGAUCAUGCUGAUGGCCAGGACGCCUUCACCAAAUCCCAGAGCACUCAGCUGCGACCCUAUGACGACUCUGGAAAUUUUUCCCUACCUGAGCCGGAUCAUCAUAAACGAGCAUUGCCGGGCAGGCCAUUGUCCAAUAGUUCGACGAAGCCCCAUCAUGAUCUGUCGCGUUCGCAUCCCGAUGCCACACAGGGCAUUGCUCUCAAGCACCGUGGAACAACUCCCGACUCGCCGAAAGAACCUCCCAAGUCUGCACCUAGCAAAGGCCCAUUCGCAAAAUUUGCGCAAAAGGUUAGGCCGGCUGGCCUUGAAAGAAAUGAGGCCAAGCGGCCACUGGAAAAGAAACCAUCUAUAGACUCGCCCGAACCCUCGGGGAUCCAAGGUCCUCGUCUACCUCCCAGGGCUACAAAAGGAACGGCGUCUGUGAAGGAAGCGACUGCACGAGAGGUCUCCAGCAGACCAUCUCUCAAGAAGAGACAGACCGAACCUCUGAAUUAUCGACCGACAACCCCUGGCCCGAACCGGGGUUUACGAAGGUCGCCCUUUCCAAACUCCCCUCAAAGGCUGUCGCCACAGUCGCAAACGAAACACGUCCCGUCUCACGAAAUGCCUGCCUCUAGGGGCCCACGAGGGGGACAUUUCGCAGUGCGAGAGAAGAGCCAAGAGUCACUCCUCGCUCAAACUGACACAUUCCUUUCACGCCGUAGUGCUGGUAUGCGCUCUGGAUCGCCUACCGCGGUCCAGACUCACGUUCGCAGCAGCAGCUCCAUGUCUGUGACAAGAUCGGAAGCGGACGGGACUUUGUCUGCGAAUGAUGACCGUCCCGGUUCGUCAGGUAUGCAUCGCAGAUCCCAUUCGUUCACCCCUAGCCUGUAUUCCCUAGCGACUGCAGGGUCUGAGACGUCACUUCUGCUGGCGCACCGGCCUCGCAAAAGCGCAUAUGAAGAUAUGGAAACCAUCCAGGCACUCAAUCGCGAUGGCUAUGUUCCAGGCAUUUUUCCAGAGAGACACUUCGUGCAAAACAUUCGCCGGUUCUCCCGCUUCUCCUCUGCCUCAUAUGGCUCAAAUGCGCUCACGGUCAUGGGUGUUCCUAGUGGCUCGAAGAAUCUACCUAGUACAAAGUCAGACGGCCACGAGCACAGUGCGUUCUCAGAGAAUGCAGGCCUUCCACCCUCUACGAUCCUCCUAUCGUCAUUCGUCGAUCCAGCUGGUGGCUCGAACGCAGCUGGUGAGACAGAGACAGGCUUCCCAUUGGUUCACUACCUUUCUAUCGACCAUGACUCCAAAGCCGUGGUUCUCACUCUACGAGGAACAUGGGGCUUCGAAGACAUCCUCACAGACAUGACCUGCGAUUACGAUGACCUUGAAUGGCAGGGCAAAAGCUGGAAGGUGCACAAAGGCAUGCACGCCUCAGCCAAGCGACUCCUAGAGGGCGGCGGCGGCCGAGUCAUGAUCACCCUACGUGCGGCACUAGAGGAAUUCCAAGAUUACGGUAUAGUCUUAUGCGGGCACUCGCUCGGUGGAGGUGUCGCAGCCCUUCUCGCAACGAUGAUUUCAGAACCCAACCCCUCCACAGCAGGCACCUCCUUCGUAACAGCUUCAUACCAACCCGCCACACGUCCCCGCCUCUUGACUGCAGAUAGCAACCCCAAUCUCAGCAUCCCGGACCCGAGCCCACCAAAAUACACCCUCCCAGCGAACCGGCCAAUCCAUGUCUACGCCUACGGCCCCCCCAGCCUCCCCAGCCUGUCAUUAGGCAUCCUGCACGACAUGCACACAGCCUCCGUAUCCUUCAAAGACGACGCCACGGGCGCCAAAGCGCACAUCCGCCAACGGGUCAGCGAUUCCCUCCGCCAAAGCAUCAUCCACAAAUUCUACGUCAACCAGCCUCCGCUGGUCGUCAACGCGGGUGAUGGGGUCGGCGAAGACGCCUGGGCCUGGAAGACGUUGAAAAUGCUGCGGGGUGAGAUGCGUGCGCCGAAACUCAUGCCGCCCGGUGAGGUUUUUGUCGUUGAGACGAUGCGGGUUCUGCAGCGUGAUGCGUUUACGGCGCGGGAGCUCGGGGUCGAUGGGUAUCCGCGUCUUGGGAGGCCUGCGACUCGCGUGCAGAUUCGGUUUAUUCGGGACGUUGAUGCUUGGUUUGGUGAGCUGCGCUUCGCUGGUGGCAUGCUGAGUGAUCAUAAUCCUGCGCGGUAUGAGACUAGUCUUGCUGCGUUGGUGAGGGGUGUUUUGGAUGAGUAG